CAACACUGUACGAUUUGACAGUAGAAAUGAAACAUGUGUGUUUUGAAGAUUGCAUUGUUUUGAGUACAGAACGAGAUCUAUUUUGAAAUUUCUUAAAGUUUUUUUUUUUUCAAGUGAAUAAAUCGAUAUGGACAACGGACAGUUUGAUGAUGCUGAAGAUGACAUAACCAGGCCAGUGCCAGUCAAUAUCCAAACAAAAAAUGUGUCAAAAACGGGUGCCCCUGUAGAGCGUUUAACGAAAUUUUCUAUAGAAAAUUCGCUGUUCAGCACCGAAUACAGUCGAAAGAAUGAAAAUACCAGCGAUGACUAUGAUUAUGAUGAAGAUGAGGAAUAUGUGAGUGACAGUGAUGAUGAAGACUAUUAUGAAUUGGUAUCGACAAGCUAUCAAAAGAAUAGUCAGCAAAUCAGCAAUAGUAGCACUGUGGUCACGCAUACAAAUUCUCAAGUGAGCAGCAAUAAAGUGAGCAGUUUUCAGCCAUCCGAUAAACUCUUCAAAAAGUAUACAAAUAAAAUCAAUGUGGAAAAGUAUGAAGGUCCACAAUUACCGAAUAAUGCAAUAAACACAUUGUUGGAAAGUAAUCGGAAGGCCGAUUCGGAUCGAUAUCGAACAAAAGAUAAACAUGAUCGUGCAACUGCCGAACAAGUAAUGGAUCCACGAACCAGAAUGAUUCUAUUCAAAUUAUUGAAUCGCGGUUUGAUCGUUGAAAUCAAUGGUUGCAUAUCGACGGGAAAAGAAGCAAAUGUUUAUCAUGCAACAUCAAAAACGGACAUUGAGUAUGCCAUCAAAAUUUAUAAAACAUCGAUUUUAGUAUUUAAAGAUCGUGAUAAAUAUGUGUCAGGUGAAUUUCGAUUUAGAAGCGGUUAUUGUCGACAUAAUCCACGUAAAAUGGUGCGCACAUGGGCUGAAAAAGAAAUGCGCAAUUUACUUCGAAUGAAAAACGCUGGUCUAAAUGUGCCCGAACCAAUUUUACUGCGUAGCCAUGUUUUAGUGAUGACAUUUUGCGGAAAAAAUGGUUGGCCAGCGCCAAAACUCAAAGAUGUCGAUAUUUCAACAACAAAAGCACGUGAACUUUAUCGUGAUUGUGUUAUCAUGAUGUGGAAUAUAUUCAAUAAAUGUAAAUUGGUGCAUGCCGAUUUAUCGGAAUUCAAUUUAUUAUAUCAUGAUGGUAAAAUUGUUGUUAUUGAUGUUAGCCAAUCAGUUGAACACGAUCAUCCGCAUGCAUUGGAAUUUUUGCGAAAAGAUUGCACCAACAUUACGGAUUUCUUUGCGAAAAAAGAUGUUGCCACAAUGACUGUUCGCGAAUUGUUUACAUUCAUUACGGAUCCAAAUAUCACCGAAGAAAACAUGGAAAGUUUUCUAGAGCAAAUUGCCGAAAAAAUCGGAGAUCGAAACAUCAAUGAACUAACUGAACAGGAAAAAAUCGAAGAAGAAGUAUUCAAACGAGCUUAUAUUCCAAAACGUUUGGACGAAGUAGUUGACGUUGAACGCGAUAUCAUUAAAGCAAAAGGAGGCGCUGGCAAUGAUUUAGUUUACAAAACAAUUACCGGGCUCACAUCUGAUUUGAGCGUUGAAUCGAAACCGGUUCUAUUGAGAACAAACUCAGUAGCUGCCGGAAGUGAUAAUGAUGAUAAUUCAAAGGAAGAUGACGACAGCAGUAGUAAUAGCGAUGACGAUGACGAUGAAGAAGGCGAGCGUCGAUUCGUUGACAGCGCUCGACCCAAGGGUGAAACGAUUGAAGACAAAAAACUACGAAAGAAAGCUGUUAAAGAUGCAAAAGCUGAAAAACGAAAAAAUAAAAUGCCCAAACAUCUAAAGAAACGUAAGGAAAAGCAAGGAACCAAGAAGAAAUAAAAAAAAUGUCCUAAAUUUUUGGAAAUAAAUUUUAUAAUAUUGUAUGCGUUGACCGCUAAAUCGCAAUCUAAA